AUGUCGGAUGACAGCGUGGCUUAUAGUUCGCAGGUGGAAGCCUCGCGAGGGGCACCCAAGGCAAAGCAUCUUCGUCUCCCCAAUGGAGUAUACGCUCCCACUCUCGCCUUCUUUAGUCAUUCCGAGGAUAUCGACACAGUAACUCUCGAGCAUCAUGUCACCAGACUGAUCAAAGCAGGGGUAGCAGGCAUCGUGAUUCACAGUUCCAUCGGCGAAGCAGUGCACCUGACGAGGGAAGAACGCCGCACCAUGAUCAGGUGCGCAGCCGAUACUAUCUCCAGAGAGUAUUGCGACAGAUUCAAGAACACCCGCGCUUCGUUGAUCGCCGCGUGCGGUGCUCAGUCGACGCGUGGAACACUUCAACUAUGUCGAGACGCAGCCGAGAGCGGCGCGUCUCACGCUUUGAUAACAGUUCCAAGCUACUACACAUCUGUCGUCAAAAAUGAAAUGAUCAUACAGCACUUCUACGACGUCGCGGACAGAUCGCCCAUCUCGCUGGUCAUCGACAACUUCCCCGUAGCGGUAUCGGGAAUGCAACUCACCUUGGACGACAUCCUCCGUAUCGCGAGGCACCCCAACGUCAUGGGCGUCAACCUCAAGUACGACAACAUGAAAAAUCUCGCGAAGGAGGCGUAUGCUUUGCUACCGGAGAUUUUCUUUGUGGCCGGCGGCAACACCAACUCCAUCCGCCAGUGUCAAGUCCACGGGGCGAACGGAACGAUCGCAGGCCUCGCCAACUUCGCAACGUAUGCGUGCGUGCGCGUCAGGGAGCUCUCUGAUCGAGGUGAGCUCCGUGAGGCGGAGCAGCUGCAGGCAGUCAUUGCGAGAGGGAAUUCGGUUGUCACUGGCCUAGGGCUCGUGGGUAUGAAGGCUGUGGUCAAAUUUUGGAAUGACUACGGAGGCGCGCCGCGGAAGCCCUGCUACCUGCCGCCACUUAUUGAGGUCAUCAAAGUUUCAGAGGAGCUGAGUGAGCUAUUCCAGGCAGAGGAAGAGGCGGAAACGCCGGUUACGAGAGGUUGA